AUGUCUAUCAGUGAUGCCUCUGUAUCGUCUACUCGUUCUCUCCGAUUGCAGGGACCUGUCAAUGAGAAAGAUGUAUUAUCAAGAUCAGAGAGAACUCAUAAAGCCCCUGUGCAUUGGAUGCAUGAAGAAGAAGCCAGAUUCCUCCAGUACCUCCUCACCCAUAAGGCUCAGGCUGGUGAUACUAUGAGCUUCAAAAAAUCAACCUUUCAAGGAGCUGUUGACAAUAUCAACAAAGUGUUUUCCAAUCAAUGUGAAGGGACAAAGACUGCAAGUCUAAAGAGUUCUUACAAUACUGUUAUCAACAUCAAGAAAACAUCAGGCUUUUCAUGGAGUGAUGAGCUUAGAGCAGGAAUUACAGAUGCACAUGGGGACAUUUGGGAGAAAUAUGUCAAGAACAGUCCCACUGCGAAACCAUUCAAAACCAAAGAAUUCUCGUACUUCAAUAUAAUCAACCAGAUCAUGCACCAUGGGCCAAGCAUUGCAAGAGGAAAGUUUGUUAAGUGUCAGCCCCAGGCCAGCCUAAUGGCUUCUGUUGUACCCUCCAAGCCAUCUUCCAGCACUCUCAUGAUGUCCCCUCCGCUGAAUCCUCCAAGUCACAUUCCCACCAUGAACAAUACCAUGAUUUUAAUGCAACUUGUUUCUGCUGCUGACAUGAUCAACAUUCAUCAAGCAUCUCCACUGGCCCAGGCAUCCAUGACACCUCCAUCCUCAGGUUCACACUCCCAGCCACCUGCCAGUAGGCAGACUGUCUCAUUCAUUUUUUCUUCUACUACGAGCGACUCAGGGCUGACAAGUGUCAGCCAGACUAAGCACAAAUUUAGUGCACUGCCAAAUGAUGGAGAAUGGCAGUUGCAGAAGUGGUCCCGCCCUCCCUCAGUGUCUGUAGCAGCCCAGCAGGAGGGUAGUGUAGUACUGAUGUCAAUCGCAGAUGCCUUACCUCAUAUAAUCAACAAUUUUACUAUACCCUCCGAGUCUAGCAUCCACACUGCUGUACCAGACCAUCCUCCCUCCACUGACCUUGGACGUGUAAUCAAUUUGAUUACUGAGACCAAGGGCUUGAAUAUGGAUGAUGUGCAGAAUACAGGGCCAAUGGGCACAGAGGAAGCUCUCUGUCAUUCAUUGUGGUGA